GCAGCUGCUGGGCGUGGCCCUGACGGUUGCGAUCUCCGCACGAGUCUCGAACCCACAGCCUAGUGUGGGGGUGUACGGCUGAUGAUGGGCACGACGGAGACCAGCCGGGUGAAAGGAAGGUACCGCCCCUUCUGCUGCAGCGUGAAAGGCCACGUAAAGUUGCUGCGGCUGGGAGUAACUGUGACAUCGUUGGCUUUCUUUAUCUUCGCAAAGGCCCCUGAACCAUAUAUCGUGGUCACUGGAUUUGAAGUCACUGUUGUUUCCUUUUUCAUAAUUUUAUAUAUAUUCAGACUUGAUCGGUUGAUGAAUUGGUUAUUCUGGCCUUUGCUUGAUAUUAUCAACUCAUUGGUAACAACUUUGUUCAUGGUCAUCAUAUCUGUGUUGGCUCUGCUGCCAGAAACUACAACCUUGACCAUCCUUGGAGGAGUGUUUGGUCUUCUGACGGUGGUGUGCUGUCUGGCCGACAGUGCCCUCAUUUACCGGAAACUUCUAUUUAAUCCCGGUGGUCCUUAUCAGAAAAAGACAUGAACACUUGACCAAAACAACGCUUUGUGAUUUUUUUUAUAUUCCUUUUUAGUUGGUGCUAAGGAUUAAAUAUAAUUUCUUUAUUCUUCCCUA